AAUUUCCUUCAAAUUUGCCCGUCUUCUUCUCCGUGUUCGGAUUAGAGUUCUAUGAAUUAAGCAAUAUCAAUGGCGAAGAGAUCAGUAGGAUUGCCCUUCUCUCGCCUUCUCCUCAAUCAAGCCCUCAAGACCCCUAUGGGCGCCACAUACCAUGAAUUGUACCCCUCAGCUCGAACCUCAAAUCCAUCUCUGUUGGGCAGACCCUUCUGUUCCACUUCCACACCUACAGCCGUGCGGCAUCUUCUUGCCAAGAUGGAGAUGGAGAAGCAUUUGAAGUUGAUGGAAUCGGGUUCUGAUGAGAAAUUGAUUGACGUGAAUAGAACAAGAAAUGCUAGACAGAAUGGGCUCGAAGAAGCACUUACUUUGUAUGAGGAAAUGGUUGGAAGUGGAAUCUUCCCUGAUGUAGUUACUUUUGGUUCCAUUUUAUAUGGUCUUUGUAAGCAUGGAAAGUUGUCUGAAGGAAAACUGCUUUUGAGAGAGAUGGGAAAGAUGGGUAUGAAUCUGAAUAAUGUCUCAUAUACUAUUCUACUUGAUGCAUUGUUUAAGGCUGGAAAAGUUGCAGAAGCAUUAAUGACGCUAGCUUGUAUGAUUGUGCGUGGGAAUAACUUUGAUGUAAUAGCAUGUACUGUUCUGAUUGAUGGAUUAUUCAAGAGUGGACAAAUAAAAGAGGCCGAGUAUCUAUUCUGCAACUUAUAUCAACUUAAUCUUGUUCCAAACUAUAUCACAUAUUCUGCCUUAAUUGAUGGCCGUUGCAAGCUAGGAGACAUAAAUGGUGCUGAAUCUGCACUGCAUGAGAUGGAGGAGAAAGAUUGUGUCCCUAAUGUCAUCACCUAUUCAUCUUUGAUCAAUGGUUAUGUGAAGCAAGGACUGCUUCAUGACGCAUUUAAAGUAUUGAGAAAAAUGGUUCACAAAAAUGCCAUGCCAAAUAUAUGUACAUAUGCAAUUCUACUUGAUGGUUCCUUCAAGGCUGGUUGGCAAGAUAUUGCCCUUGAUCUUUAUAGCAAAAUGAAACAGGGAGGAUUGAAGGAUAAUGUUUUCAUACUGGAUGCGUUUGUGAACAACAUGAAAAGAAGUGGAAGGAUGGAGGAAGCUGAGGAACUUGUUGCAAAAAUGGCAUCUGGAGGAUUAAAACCCGACCUUGUCAACUACACAAAUUUGAUGGAUGGGUUCUUGAAGUCUGGGAAAGUAUCAUCUGCUCUUAACCUGGCUCAGGAAAUGACUUCCAAGAAUGUGGUGUUUGAUAUUGUUACUUUCAAUGUGUUAAUUAAUUGUUUGUUCAAGCUUGGGAAAAGUGAUACAGAAUCAAUUUACUCAGCAAUGAGGGAGAUGGGGUUAUCUCCAGACUUGGCAACGUACAACACCAUGCUAAAUGGUAAUUUUAAGAAGGGAAACUGGACAAGUGCCCUGGAGUUGUGGAAUGAGAUGAAAAGCAGAAAGUUGAUUCCAAAUGCAAUCACGUGUAACAUUAUGAUUAAUGGUCUUUGUGAAGCUGGAAGGAUGGAAAAUGCAAUUGAUAUUUUAAAAGAAAUGGUUUUGAUGGGUUUGUACCCCACAUCCACUACUUAUAGAAUUUUACUCAAUAUAUCCUCAAAGAGUAGAAGAGCUGACACUAUUUUACAGACCCAUGAGUUGCUUGUUAAUAUGCAACUUAAAGUUGAUAAGGAUGUUUACAAUAUUCUCAUAAGCAACUUAUGCAAACUAGGAAUGACUAGAAAGGCAACUGCAGUGUUGAAAGAUAUGGAGGAAAGAGGAAUUAUAGCAGACACCACAACAUACAAUGCGCUGAUUCAUGGAUACUGCAUUAGCAGCCAUCUAAAGAGAGCUUUUAUGACUUAUUCAACAAUGUUGUCUGAAAGAGUUUCUCCCGAUAUUGAAACUUACAAUCUCCUACUAGGUGGCCUGUCUAAAGCUGGGUUAAUACACGAGGCAGAUGACCUACUUAGUGAGAUAAAGAAAAGGGGCUUAGUUCCCAAUGCUUGUACCUAUGAAACUUUGAUGUGCGGCCAUUGCAAGGUUAGAAAUACAAAGGAAUGUUUAAGAAUCUAUUGUGAGAUGGUAAUUAAAGGAUUUAUUCCAAAACCAAGAGCGUAUAACAUGCUCAUUGGCUAUUUUUCUAAGAUGGGAAAAAUGAAACAAGCUAAGGAGCUCAUGAAUGAGAUGCAGACAAAAGGUGUAUCCCCCACUUGUACCACAUAUGACAUACUGAUCUGUGGGUGGUGCAAUCUGUUGAAAAUGCCAGAUCUGGGUAGUACACUAAAAAUAUCAUACCGAGCUGAGGCAAAAAGAUUAUUCAUUGAGAUGAAUGAUCGAGGGUUUGUUCCAUGUGAAAGUACUCAAGCUUGCAUUAGUUCUACAUUUGCUGCACCUGGGAAGAAGGCUGAUGCUCGAAUGUUAUUGAAGAGUACAUACAAGAGAAAGCGCGAGUGAGAUAUGUUCGUUGUAGGGGCUGAAUUCCUUCAAAUAGAAAUAUGCAUUAAGAGGGGCAAAAUAGUCAAACAGUACAAAAAUGACCCAAUACUGAGCAAAAGAGCAUAAAAUGACGAAGUUGAAAAUAAUUAUGAAAUUGCCCCUGGAGUACAGCUGCUCUCACCAGUGUGCUGGAGAUCAGAGAGCCCUUGAAGGGCGCCGUUGCACAAUCUUGGAGCACCGCUGCACUACGAAAAUUUCACCCAACGGCACUGCGCUAUCUAACUUGCCGAGAAAAAAGAUAGGUGCAUGCCUCAACUAGUUUUGAAAUAUAAAUAGCCUAUUUUUCCAGAUUUCUGACAUAAGUUAUCAGUUUUCAUUAGAACACUGUAAUUCUCUCUCAAAAUUCAAUAAAAAUUCUCUCAAUCUCUUUGAAGUUGGCUUUUGAAGUUCAACAUGAUUCUUGAAGCUUUCCCAAGAAGAAUGAAAAACUAGAGUUGGAGGAAGGAAAAAGGAAAAAUAGAAUCGAGUCUUCAAAUUAGAAGCAAGAAGACUUCUUGCAUGCUCCUCUUUGCUGACAAUGCAACAAGGUUGACGGCGUUUUCAAAGCAUUUCAUGGGGAUUUUGAAAGCUUCAGGAAAAAGAUGAUUGGGCACUAUUAAGAGCAACUAACUCUCAGCCUCAAGCCUGCCUAAUUCUUAUUGACGAUGAUGGUCGAUAGAAUGACUUUAUAGACAUUGCAAUGAAGUAGCUGGAAGAAUAAGCCAUUAGAAUAUAGCAGAGUAGAUUGUUCUUAAAAGAAUCGUUUUGUGCUUGCUUGUCAAGGGUUGUGAGAGACUCGAUCAGGGAGUUCCUCCUCCAUCUGCUUUUUAUUGAGAGAGAUCGUUUUUGGUAUGCUUCGUUAUAAGAUCUUUGAGGGUGAGAAAAAUACAGUGGGUAUGUUUGGUUCUUGUGGAGGUUCUAUGUUUCUCUUAAGACUUCAACUUCAAAAAGUCUCUAUAAGGCAACAUUUUACUCAAUUGAAACCCCAAUCUUUAGUAAGGCUUUUGUGGGCUUACUUCUUUUGUAUGCCCUUGAAUUCA